AUGAGGACAAAAAGGGAGCAAGACCGAGUUUUGCAGGAAUCAGCACAAGCUGGCUCUUUGCGUCGAAACACAAUAGUAAUGUCCGAAACUAAAAAAGGGAAACGCAAGCGAGACGUAGAGGAAGAUGAGGAGUCUGAAUUGUCUCACGAAGAGGAUAUUCCAACACAAGUUAUUUCAACUGCCAAAAAGGCACUGCAAAAAUUAUCGGAAGAAGAAAUAAAUCGCAAGGUAAAAGGUUUGAUCAGACUCGCCUUAUUCUCUGAGCGCAAGAAAACGCCAAUAAGGCGUGAAGACAUGGUGAAAAAAGUUCUUCAGGAACAUUCUAGAGCUUUUCAAGAGAUUUUUGAACAAGCUCAAGAUGAACUACGUGAUAUCUUUGGAAUGGAAAUGGUCGAGAUGCCUUCUAAAGAAAAGAAAGACUUUGCAGGCACAGGGGCAGCACGAAGAGCUAAUGCAAAUAAGGGAGCAUCUACCAACUGUAAAUCAUACGCGCUCAUUAGUAUUCUUCCGCAGCAAAUGAGAAAUAAUGAUCUUAUUCAAUGGCAUGAUGAAGAGGCGAUGAUGGGUUUACUUACAGUCAUCCUUAGCCUUAUCUUUGUAAAUGGACAGACAUUGUCAGAUGAUCAACUUAGAAGCUAUACCAAUCGCCUUCAUAUCCGAGGGGAACACGAGUGUUUUGGCGAACUAGAUAAAACAUUAAUGACCUUUGUAAAGCAAGGUUACUUGGAUAGACAAAAAUCUGGUCUAGUUGAUCAAGUUUCAGAAAAAGAACACUUUGAAUAUCGUUGGGGUCCCAGAGCAAAAGUUGAAUUUCCAGAAAAUAGCAUAAUUCAAUUCAUUAAAACGAUAUAUGGACGAGAUGCCGGUCCAGAUCUCGCAAAACAAAUUCAAAGAGCAUCCGGUGGGGGUACUGAUUAA